AUGGGUUUUGGCUCGGUUUGGAGGAAAUGGAUGGAUCUUUUGGUUUUUCAAAGCAAGAUGUCCGUUUUGGUCAAUGGUAGUCCUACUAUGGAGUUCGGGGUGGAGAAAGGGUUGAGACAAGGAGAUCCAUUAUCUCCUUUCCAUUUUGUUUUGUUAGCGGAGGGGUUGACGAGAUUAGUGAGAAAGUCAAUUGAUCUUGGAGAAUAUAGUAGUUUCUUGAUUAAUGGAAGAUGCCAAGUUGAUAUCCUCCAAUUUGCGGAGGAUACUCUUUUGGUUGGGGAAGGUUCUUGGAAGCAUGUGUUGGCUAUCAAGUCGGCGUUAAAAUUUUUUGAGUUGGCUUCGGGUCUAGGCAUCAAUUAUCCUAAAAGUAAAUUGAUUGGCAUUAAUACUAGUAACAACUUUGUGGAGGUCGUGGAUUAUGUGCUCUCUUGUAAGGUGGAAGCUAGUACCUUUACGUUUCUUGGUAUUCCUAUUGGUGCUAAUCCGAGGAAGCAUUCCACUUGGGUUCCUCUUGUGAAUAAAAUGAAGAAACGUCUUUUGGGAUGGAAAAACUGA